CCGCAGUUCAUGCCACCCACUGGCCCACCACAGCAAGUGCCAGGAGCAAAUGGAUAUCCUAGCCCAGGACGGCCAGCCGCACCCAUGAUGGUUCAUCAGGGCUCUCAACAAGGGCAUAACAUGUACGGAAUGAGCCCCAAUAUUCAAUACAACCAGCCGGCAUACGGCCCAGCACAAACUAGUGCGCCAAGUCAGUGAUGCCCUUAUUACUGGAUGGGGGGAGAACCCUCGGGGCUGACGUUUGCAGUGUCCAAUGCGCGACCUUAUAACGGACCUGGGCCUCAACAUUUCGCGGCCAACCCCCAGCAAGUGCCGCAUCACUACAGCCCACAACCACCUAGUAGCAGCAGCGGUAAUUAUAACAACAACAACAAGCAGCAGCAGCAGCAGCAUCAGGUGCCGCAGAGCCACCCUCAUCCGGGCCCACAGGCCAACCGUACAUCUUCCACUUCUCCCAAGAGCCAGGAGGUGGAGGGAUCGGAUGAAGCCAAGUAGGAAAUUGGGCCAUGCACGACUAGAUUUGCAAAAGAGAUAAAGAAGAGUCAUCCUGAGCGUUGCAUAUCUAUCAGGUUUUUGGCUGCUAUUCGCUCGCCGCGGCAUUUUCUGGCUUUCCAUCACAGCUCUGGAUUACUUUGCGGUAGUUUUUAUCUUGCAAAGGAACAAACUUUUAAAUACUCAUUCUAACAAAAAAAAAAAGGAGGGGGAGGUAGGGAGGAAAGAGGGAAGGUAAAGAGGCGCAUCGAACAGUUGUGAUACGGCGGUCCAUGAGCGUUUGCAGCCAAGUCUACAUUUGGGAUGACGACCUUUUUUUUUUUCUGUGUCCACGUGGUCAAUAACCUGACCCGUGAGACAUGAUUCUCUGGGAAACCUGGUUUAUGCUGGCAUUAUUUCAACUAUUGAGCCCGCAAGCUUUGCUCCAAGGCAUGGGCGACUCCGGCAUGGAUUUCGCAGACGAGCUGGCGGCUAUGGCCCCAGCUGACGAGCUCUUAGAUGGAGCAUGAGCGAGAAGACAAGUAUGAUUUCAACGGCGAGAUGGGAAGCAUAGGGUGACUUUGAUGGCAAAAGACUGGCGACUGUCUUGGCCAGCAUGAUGCAGCGAUGGAACACGGCUCUGGAGAAGCAGUGCCACACCAUGGCACCAUACGCCGAGCGAAGAUGAGAAGCAAAGUUGGAGCACGGCGACAGCAGCAACGUCGCAGAAGGAGAGGGAGAAGCCGGGACGGGAUGAAGUGACGACCAGUUACGAUGAUAACUCGAUAUUACAGGACUGCCUUUUAUCGUUGAUGAUGGCCGUUUUUGCAGGCUAUUGAUGGAGGGCAAUGGGAGGAUACAUGUAACUGCCCGGUUUGUCAGCCCACUGCGUUUAGUAGUAAGCGAUGGAUCGAGUUUGUGCGCGGCGGAACCAGGGAUGGGUUUGAGGCUCAAGCGGAUAUACAUUCAGGGACCUCGAGGAGUGCUGCCAGCUUUAUCUGAUGAAUGCCAAGGUAGAGUUAGGUAAUAUGGGCACUAUCUCAUGAAGUGGUCAGCUGAGCGAGUAGUUGAAGAAGAAAAAAAUAUGCACAUAAAACAUGUCAAUGC